UCUCUGUAUUUGUCUCGGUUGGUUGGUUUUUUUGGUCGUGAUGUUAAGAGGAUGGGGAUGAUGAGGAUGAUGCUGAUGAGGAGGAGGCUGGAUGAUCAUUGACAAAACGAGGGAAAGUUUUAUCUACGAGCCUAUCCGAGUCGACUGUAUCUAGACACCCGAAUCCAUCUCUCAUCAGCCAUUGACAUCCCAAACAAAUACCUUGUCGACCACCCACAUCUCAAUCAAUCCUCACCCAACCCUUAUCCGCCAUCCCCACAACAACUUCAGAUUGCUCAAGCUAUCAUCGCUGAUUACAAACAUUGGAUCGACAAGAUCAAGAAAAUCUUGAAGAAGGGUGACUUGCCUCGCGAAAAUGAUGAGAGAGACGGAUUUGAGCAUGAUGUAGCCAACUGCACUUUCUUGAUCUAUGGAGGCUUGACCCCGUUAUCAACGACGACGACGCAAACGGCAGAUAGUUUAAUGGAGUAUGAGCGAUCAUUGGUGGAGCCCACAGGGGCAUCACUGACCGUCCCUUUGCCCGGCCAUCCAAUCUUGCAGACCUUGAUGGUCUCGCCCAACUGCGGCCUAGUCCUCGAAUCCCGAGAGAUGUCCGUCCUCCUCAGCCCCUCCUUUUGGUUCAAAACUAGGAACUACGGUUGGGUUGCUGGCCUUGUCUUGGGCCUUCAAUGUUGGCUGCUUGUUUGGCAAAUGGACAGUAGUCAGAGUCCUUCGAGUUUAUCAAGGAUGUCAUACUUCUCAUUAGUGGCCCAAAUCAUUAUGGAUGCCUGGACGUUUUCGAGUCAUCUGACAUUAGCAGUCGCAACGAACAACAGCUCGACGGAGACACUACUGGUGCCGGCAUUCUUUGCCUGUCUGAAUGCGAUCCUGUUCGGGAUGCGAUACGACACCCUGAUCCGGAUCCACGAGCCCUCCCCCACCGUCAAUCCCGCCAAUCGCUUUCAGGCUCCAGUGGAAGACUCCCACAUCGGCCGCAACACUGACUACGUACAGGUCCCUACAACCAACCUCGUCGACCCCCCUAAUGUGGAACCCUCUCCCGCUCCAGCUCUCCCUCCACGUCAAUCACGCUUUCGAAGCUUGUUCAACGCCCUCAAGAGUUUACUUGCACAUCGUUCACUUGUUUUGAUUUCGAUCGUAGCCAUCUUUCUCCUGAUCGUCCCAUUCUUAUUAUACAGUUGGCAACCACUAGUGCUCUCGAUCCUAUUCUCUUAUUCUCAUGAUCGAUUUUGCUUGCUAUAUCUUCUCUGAUCCUCCUUGUU